AUGCCAUCCGGUCUUGCGGCGAUUCCUCAGGCGCAGUUGUCGUCCAAGUAUCGCGAUCUUGUCAAGAUCGCAUUGAAGCCACGGCAGACUCGGGCUUUCGUUCUGGCUGCUAUCGCAUGGCACCUCUUCUUGACAUCAGCUCUGCUCAAGACAAUAUCGCUAUCCAUACUUUCACCAUCGACGCUAUUGGUCAGCUUAGCAUCCUUCGGCCUUGGCAUUCUGCCUCUGUUAGCAGCGCGGAAGCGGAACCUCUCGCGCAUCACAUGGCCUCCACCUCGACUUGCUCCAACAAAAGCACAGCGGAUCUUGACGACACUUUCGAAUGCCGCACUGCUUGCAACCAUCUCGCAUCAUCUUGUCGCUUUUAUCGUACUGGCGCUCGGAUACGCUGCGCUGCUGACCUCGCAAUCGGGUGGAUGGGGGCCUCAGAUCUGGGUCGAGUCGCAUGCAUCUUUCUACCUCAACGAACGCUUCCUCUUCCUCGUCGCACAGACGGCGGUUCUCGCUACAGUCUACGCAGUCUUGUUCCGAUCCCUUGCUUGGCCAGAGACAGCUGCAUCAGCCACCUUUGAUGCUGCAGCGCUCUCUUGGGAUGCGAAUGUGACGAUCAAGGAUCGUGUCGUGGUUGCCUUUGGCUCGCGCCUUCCUAAAGCUGUAGCAGUUGCAGCAUUGACAUCGACAUCAAGCGUGUUGGUGUACAGCAUGAUCCGCAUUCGUGUCUGGAGCACAGUGUUGCUAGUCAUCGGCACACGCGGCUUGUUGCGACGAGUGUUGGUGCCUUCUUUCCGCGUCGAUUUCGACUUGUUCCAAGUGACGAUGCGAUCAACACUGUUCAGCAUUGCAGCUGUUUGUGCGGUGGAGACGGCUUACCUGCUGUUGGAUGUCUACCUUUCGCAUCCGCUCGCACCGGUCAGCAAGUAUGCAAAGGAUCCUAAUCGACUGCUACUCGAUGGUAUCGACGAGCCGAUCAUCUUGUUCGCCAACCACGCAUUCGUGGAGACAGCUCGACUGAGCGCAGGAGACAAGGAAAUGCGCGCUUUGAUCUACAAGGAUGUCAACUCGGAUGUUACUGCAUGGGCACACAUCCGUGAUCGCUGCUUGACUUUGCUCGAGGUGAACAAGCAGUUUGUCGUUUGUCGUGGACAGACAGCUCCUGCAGCACAAACAGCAGCCAAACCUGCAGCUCAGCAAGUCACGCAAACACAGCAGCAGAAGACAGGCGGGCAACCGACAGGCACUAUUUGGCACCAACUCGCUGCUGGACAGACAGCAGCAGCAGAAUCCAAAGAAGGCGCCAAGCCAACUCAAGCAGCCGGUGCAGCCAGUGCAAACGCCAAGAAGCCUACAGCGAACACCACCGCGUCAGCGUUGGUCAGCAUUGGAAGCAUCUCGAAAGCAGCAACAAGCGUGAUCACAACUGCUUGGAAACUCGUGCCCGCCGAUGCAAAGCACGUCCUGUUUGGACCUCGUCGACAGCAAUCUCUGCUGGGCGAAUCGCCUGCAUGCGAGGCAGCAUCCAUCGUCGGCCGUGACGCAAUCCGGGUAGUUGGUGCUGUUGUCUCGCUCAAAGAGCUGCUCUGCCACAGUCUGGAAGAAGACCCGUACGGAUCAGUGCAGAAAGAUAUCAAACGAGUGCUUAGUGCUAUGGUGGACCUUGCCCGCGAGAUCCGAUGUUUUGGGUUGCAGCUGGAACAACGAGCAUGUCACAUUGACGACAAGUUGACCCAGCUCGAAGCCGAGGCGAACCAGAGCACCAGCACUGCCAAAGACAAACCUCAGCAAAGCACUCAAAAGCCCCAAGGAGAAGGACAAGGGAGAAAGAGCAGGAUGGAAGCACAGCAAGAGCUGAGAGAAGCGUGGAAGACAAGUGGAGCUCAAAGCAUCGAUUUCAGCUUGACAGCGGCGAUCACGGAGAUCUUGGAUACUUUUGCCAUGUUUGAUUUGCACUUGGGAGCUGAGUUGGAGGUCAAGUUGGCUGAUUGCUUGCGUUGA